AUGUCACUUAAUAUUAAUACUGAAGGAACAGCAGCCACGAUUCUUUCUGAAAGAGUUGCGCACAAAAGGUACAUUACAGUUUGGGAUCGCACAACGCAAUUUGAUGAUGGUCGGAUCAUUCAAUGGGAUAUUGUCGGGCACGAUUCACCUUAUCCAACUUUUGUAGUUGUGUUCACCUAUAACACAAAGACCAAAACUACUUGUUUAUUAAAAGAAUAUGUACAAGGCACAAAUGAGAUAAAAUAUACUUGUGUGGCAGGUUCUUAUGACCGUAGAAAGCAUCGGUAUAUCGAAGAAACUGUGGAACAUGAACUUUCUGAAGAAGCAAGGUUAAAAGGCGGUACUUAUAUCAACCUACUGCCAAAAACGCAUUCUCCUGAUGGUAUCAGUGAGUUAAAAUGGGGUAAGAACCGCUUUAUUCCAUUUCUAUGUUUGGAUCCCGUAAAAGACGACACUCCAAUGGCAAGAGAUGCGGAAGAAUAUAUGGAAGUGGUACAUGACGUCGCUGUAGAUGAACUAAGAAAUAUAAUCACAAGAGCAGAAAUGAUGCUGCCUUCUGUGCAAACAAGCUGGAUGGCAUUAGAGUAUUUGAAAGAGCAGAAUUUGCUUUGA